GUCCUUGAAGGCGAUAUCAAGGGAUGGACGACCGUAAAUGUUCUGGAGCCGGUUGUGGACGUCAUGAAUAAUUGGCUGGAUCAUUAUCUCAAGAAGAACCCUGAGAAACCGAAAGCGCGAUUGACGUUCCGAGGCGAAUAUCAACCGCUCGACAAGACGGACCCCAAGCAGAAGAAAUCAAAGCCCAAGAAGAAGAAAUUGGACAAGGUGGACCAUGCAAUCAUGCUACACGAGGGCUCAAACGUGCCAGACAAGGACCGGAAUUCUCCGGCAUUUGAUUCAGAUGCGACACCCAUCGUUCUUUGGGAGGACAAGAUUCUCGGCGCGCUUGAAAACGAAUUCGAGGCUCACAAGAAGGUGUACCACCAUAAUCCAUCCACAUUGCCACUGACGGACACGUUGGGAAUGUGUCUCCCGCAAGUUCGCAAAUAUGUGCGCAUAAGCGGCGUACCAUACAUCAUACUCGGAGAUGGCCGUGUCAUAACUGGCAUGGUGUGGGGAACGGCAGGCGGAGACGCCGGCCGCACUGCGGGAGCAUCUUUCUAUCGAAAGUGGGCAGAACAGGACAAAACAUCAGAGUUUCUCGGUAAGAAGUCCGACACUUCUGAACGCGGCGAGCAUAUAUGCCAUGCUCUGUCAACCUACAGCAAGGCAGCCGACUCCGAAGAGGCAGUUGAGGAGCCGUCUGCCGGGUCUAUUCCUACCAGGGAGCUUCUUGCGUUUUUCAUAUGGAUGGCUUUGAGGGAUCGCGGAUACCUAUUGUAGUACCAAUGCAAUUCUACACGAUAAC